AUGUCUAAACUCCUACAGGUAGACUCGCUCGGGAAUCUUAAGGACCGCCAAGGAAGAACCGUCGCAUUACGCGGUAUCAACCUAGAUGCCUCCUCCAAAAUGCCAUCCCAAAUCCCAACAACCUUUCUUAACCCAGGAAAUGAUUUUUGGGAUGGCGAUAACGUCUCCUUUAUCGAUAGACCUUUUACCCUUAAAGAGGCUCCUGUUCAUCUCGAACGUCUCAAAAGCUGGGGAUUCAAUACUAUCCGUUAUAUUUUUACAUGGGAGGCCCUGGAACAUAAGGGACCCGGAAUAUACGAUGACGAAUUUAUAUCCUACACAAUAGAUGUCCUCAAACUUAUCGACUCUUUUGGAUUUUACGUCUUUCUAGACCCUCACCAGGAUGUCUGGUCUCGCUUCUGCGGAGGUUCUGGGGCUCCCCUGUGGACAUUGUAUGCGCUUGGCCUGGAGCCACGCAACUUUGAAGCAACGGCCGCAGCUCUCGUUCAAAAUCUCGAAUCCACCCCUGAAGACUUCCCUAAAAUGAUUUGGCCCACAAACUACACUAAACUCGCCAACCAGGUCGCCUUCACCCUCUUCUUUGCAGGCAAAGACUUUGCACCAAACGCCAUCAUUGAUGACCAAAAUAUCGACGACUACCUCCAAAGCCAUUUCCUUAAUGCCCUUCUCCACUUUUAUUCCCGCAUUGCAAAUGAAACAUCUCUUCUAGAGUCUUCCAUCUUUGGCUUCGAAUCUAUGAACGAACCAAACCCUACCUUAAUUGGAUAUGCUGAUAUCUCAGUCCUUCCAGAAGAACAAAAACUCCGUAAAGGUCUCACUCCAACUGCCUUUCAAGCUAUGCUCUUAGGCUCUGGUGUUGCUUGCGAUAUUGACACUUUUGAGUUUAACACGUUUGGCUCUAAAAAAACAGGAACACAACGUAUUGACCCAGACGGAGUUUCGGCAUGGGUUCAAGAUGAUUCACAUGAUAAACACUAUGGCUUUAAAAGACACCCUGGGUGGGAACUGGGUCGAUGUAUCUGGGCCCAAAAUGGUGUAUGGGAUGAUGAUUCAAACACCUUAUUGAUUAAUGAUUACUUUAGCAAAAUCCCAAGCACUGGUCAGCCCAUUGACGAGGUCGUCUUUGUAAAUACAUAUUGGACCCGUUUCUGGAACAAGUUUUACUUUGCCUUCCGUGAACGAAACAAGGAUAUUUAUCUUCUUGCCCAACCCCCCAUCUUUGCCCUCCCACCAGACCUUAAAGACUCUGCAUUUAUCGAUAAUAGGGUCAUCUACACUCCACACUACUACGAUGGCCUCACGCUUGUCCAAAAGCACUGGUCUAAUGCUUGGAAUAUUGACAUGCUGGGCGUGUUGCGUGGCCGUUACGCCACACCUGCAUUUGCAAUCAGACUAGGCUCUACAGCCAUCCGCAACUGUUUACGUGACCAGCUCAAGACUAUGCGCCAGGAAGGCCUCGAACAUAUGGGUCAUCGGCCUUGUCUCAUGUCAGAAACAGGCAUGCCCUUUGAUCUUGAUAAUUGUAAGGCGUACGAGUCGGGCGACUACUCGAGCCAACAGGACGCGCUGGACGCGCUCGGCUUUGCCCUCGAAGGAUCUCAGCUCCAUCAUACCCUGUGGACAUAUUGCUCUUACAACUCUCACCGCUUUGGUGACAAGUGGAAUGGCGAAGACUUUAGUGUGUUUAGCGGGUCUGCCCAUAAACCUCUUGGAGCCUUACUUCGGUCCUCGGCUUCGUCUUUGUCGUUGUCUUCCGAAAGCUCCGAAUAUACACUUAAUGGUCCUUCUUCUACGGAACUAACCCCUUGGUCCAUGCGUUCCGAUACGCGUGCCCAGGCAGCCAUUUCGCGGCCGUAUCCUGUGGCUGUUUUUGGCGACAUUGAAACGUUUGGGUUUGACCUUAAGGCGCGCCAGUUUUCACUGGCCUUGAAUGCUGACAAUUGUUUGGCGUCCUACUGGGCCUCGGAAAUCGUACUACCUGACCUUUCCUUCCCUGAUGAUAACUUCACUGUCUCCGUGUCGGCCGGCAAAUGGGAGUUUGAUCAAUCCACGCGAAUUUUGUCAUGGUGGCACCCAAGUGGAGAACAGUCUAUUGAAGUGAUAUCCCAGGUCCCUGCUCCAGUACGUCAAAGUACAAUAACAACAGCCAUCCAGACGUAUCUUGGAUAUUUCUGUUCAUGCUGUGGAUUGUAUUAG